AUGAACCCAAAUCCACUAAGAUCAUCAUCACCCAAAUUACAAAAUGAAAACCCUAGAUCCGACGCUUAUAAAUGCCCUAUAAAAUCCACAAAUCUGUUGUUCGCACCCUUCAUUGGUUUCCUCUCCGCCGCCUCUCUAGCUCCAACACUUUCACACCCACUGCAAAAAUGCCGUUCAAGAGGUACGUUGAGAUCGGAAGAGUGGCUCGUUAACUACGGUAAAGACUACGGCAAGUUGGUUGUCAUCGUCGAUGUCGUUGACCAGAACAGAGCUCUUGUUGAUGCCCCGGAUAUGGUCAGAGGCCAAAUGAACUUCAAGAGACUCACAUUGACGGAUAUCACGAUCGACAUUCCCCGAGUUCCUAAGAAGAACAUUGAUUGAAGC